AUGGCGGCGGCAGCUGGGGGGCGGCACAACUACGGCGACGCACUCGCCCUGAGUAUCCUGUUCUUCGAGCAGCAGCGCUCCGGAAAGCUGCCGGCCAAUCAGCGAGCCAAGUGGCGCGGGGAUUCCGGGCUGAAUGACGGCAAGGACGUCGGGGUGGACCUAUCCAAGGGCUACUACGACAGCGGCGACAACGUCAAGUACGGGCUGCCCAUGGCGUUCACGGUCGCGACGCUGGCGUGGGGAGUGGUGGAGUACGGUAGCCAGCUGGAGGCACAGGGGCAGCUGCAGUACGCGCUGGACGCCGUGCGCUGGGGCGCGGACUACUUUGUUAGCGCGCACCCCGAGCCCAAUGUGCUGUACGCGCAGGUGGGCGACGGCGGGUCGGACCACGCGUGCUGGCAGCGGCCCGAGGACAUGACCACGCCGCGCACCGCGUACCGCCUCGACGCCGCCAAUCCCGGCACGGAGGUAGCUGCGGAGGCCGCCGCCGCCCUCGCCGCCGCGAGCCUCGCGUUUGUCGCGAGCGACAAGGCGUACUCGACGACGCUGCUGCGACACGCGCGCGAGCUGUUCUCGUUCGCGGACAAGUAUCGGCGCACGUACACAGCGAGCAUCCCCUCCGCUGCCACCUACUACCAGUCUUACUCCGGCUUUAACGACGAGCUGCUGUGGGCGGCGGGGUGGCUGUACCGCGCUACAGCCGACCAGCAGUACCUGGGCUACAUCCGAGCCAACAAGGACGCGCUCAAGGGCGCCGCUACAACCGCCAAGAUGUUCUCCUGGGACGACAAAUUCGCCGGCGCGCAGGUCCUGCUCUCGCAGUUGGCGCUGGUGGCGGGGGACAGCAGCAUGCAGGCGUACGCGGAUCAGGCGCAGCGGUUCAUGUGCAACGUGCUCGCCGGCUCCAAGACUCCCGGCGGGCUGCUGGUGUUCCUGCCGUGGAGCAACCUGCAGUACGUGACAUCAGCGUCGCUUCUACUCUCGGUCUACUCAGACUACCUCGACCGCGCCUCUGUGGGCUCCUUUAAGUGCGCCUCCGGCCAGACGCUCACGCCCACGGACCUGCGGAGCAUGGCGCAGAAGCAGGUGGACUACAUCCUGGGCAGCAACCCCAAGGGCAUGAGCUACAUGGCGGGGUACGGGGCGUACUACCCCAAGCGCCAGCACCACCGCGCGGCGUCCCUGCCGUCCAUGAAAAGCAGCCCUGGGUUCAUUGCGUGCGGCGAUGGCUUCUCCUUCUUCCACACCCCGAACCCCAACCAGAACGUGCUGGCAGGGGCACUUGUCGGUGGCCCAGACGCCUCGGACUCGUUCACGGACGACCGUGGAAACUACCAGCAGAACGAGCCCAGCACGUACGUGAACGCGCCGCUCGUGGGCGUGCUGGCUCGCAUCGCCGGCGGCACGGAGAAGAUCCCUGUCACGCACGCCGACCCUGGCCCGAUCAGUGCGCCUAGGGGGGCGCGGCCGAAGGGAGAGAAUGGAGGGGGGAGCGGUGGAGGGAAGAGCCCACCGAAGAACACUGGCGGCAAGCCUAGCAACGGCAAUAACAACGGUGGCAGCAAGGGCAGUGCCGGUGGCAGCAAGGGCAGCGCCGGUGGCAGCAAAGGGGGGGGAAGUGGCAGCGGCAGCAGCAAGGGAGUGCGGCGUCUGGUGGUGCAGACGAGGCAGACAGCCGUGUGGAAGGACAAGAGUGGGCAGGAGGUGGGGAGGUACAGGGCCAAUAUCACCAACGUCAGUGGAGGGCGACUCAACGCUCUCACUCUCAGGGCCAGCAACUUCCAUGCCUCGAGCUACUGGGGACUAGUUUUGUCGGAAAAGCCACGGGGAUUCAGGAUAGUGGAGAACGGUGGAAAUAUGGAGAAGGGUGCGUCUGUGGCAGUGGUGUACAUUCAACCGGGAGGAAAGGCGCGGUUCCGUGGCAUCUUUAGGGAUUGA